CCACAUUUUGUUUAUCCAUUCAUCAGUAGAUGGAUAUUUGGAUUGUUUCCACCUUUUGGCUAUUGUGUAUAACGCUGCUCUGAACAUGAGUGUACAAGUAUCUGUUUGAGUCCCAGCUUUCAGUUAUUUUUCAAUUCCAAUUAGAGAUGGAAUUGCUGGAUCGUCAGGUCAUUCUGUAUUGAACUUUUUGAGGAAAUCAAACUUUUCCACAACAGCUGCACUCUUUUAUAUUCUCACCAGCAAUAUCCAAAGGUUCCAAUUUCUCCCUGGUUUUGACAGCACUUGUUAUUUUCUGCUUUUGAUAAUAGUCAUCCUAAAGGGUGCAAGGUGGCAUCUCAUUGUAGUUUGAUUUGCAUCUCCCCAAGGACUAGCGAGUUGAACAUCUCUUCAUCUGCUCUUGGACAUUUGAAUAUCUUUGCAGAAAUGUUUUUUUCAAGUGCUUUGCACAUUUAAUUGGGUCUUUGGGUUUUUUGCUGUUGAGUUGUAGGAUUUCUUUAUGCAUUCCGGAUAUUAAUUCCAUAUCAAAUGUAUGAGUUGCAAAUAUUUUCUCUCAUUCUGUGGAUUGUCUUUUCACUCUCUUGGUAUGUUCUUUAAUACACAAAUGUUUUAAUUUUGAUAAAGUCCCAUUUAUCUGUUUUUUUCUUUUGUUUGUGCCUAAUUUAAUUUUUGGUGUUAACAAUUGACGAGUAAAAUUGCCAUCAGUAUGGCAUAGUAUUUCCUGAGAUAAAAGAUGUAGUAGAGGGAUGCGUGGGUGGCUCAGUCGUUAAGCGUCUGCCUACGGCUCAGGUCGUGUGAUCCUAGGGUCCUGGGAUCAAGCCCCGCAUCAGGCUCCCUGCUCGACGGGAAGCCUGCUUCUCCCUCUCCCACUCCCCCUGCUUGUGUUCCCUCCCUCACUGUGUCUUUCUCUGUCAAAUAAAUAAAAUCUUAAAAAAAAAAAAAAGAUGUAGAAUAAGCAGUGGAUUUAAAGUUAGAUCUUUAGCUUCUUUGCAACUGAGUUUCUUCAUUUGCCAGUGAGCAUAGUGUUAUUAGCCUUACAGGGUUAUUGGGCUUUAGGAGAAAACAUUAUAAAGUCAUCUUACAGUAAGAAAGAGGCCUAUAUGAACCCAAUAGCAAUGGCCAGAUCAAGGGGUCCAAUCCAGUCUUCGGGGCCAACGAUCCAAGAUUAUCUGAAUCGACCAAGGCCUACCUGGGAAGAAGUGAAAGAACAACUAGAAAAGAAAAAGAAAGGCUCCAAGGCAUUGGCUGAAUUUGAAGAAAAAAUGAAUGAGAACUGGAAGAAAGAACUAGAAAAACACAGGGAGAAAUUAUUAAGUGGAAGUGAGAGCUCAUCCAAAAAAAGACAGAGAAAGAAAAAAGAAAAGAAGAAAUCUGGUAGGUAUUCAUCUUCUUCUUCAUCAAGCUCUGAUUCUUCCAGCAGUUCUUCGGAUUCUGAAGAUGAGGAUAAAAAACAAGGAAAAAGGAAAAAGAAAAAGAAGAACCGUUCACAUAAAUCUUCUGAAAGCUCCAUGUCAGAAACUGAAUCAGACAGUAAGGAUAGUUUAAAAAAGAAAAAGAAGUCAAAGGAUGCAACUGAGAAAGAAAAGGACAUUAAAGGACUCAGCAAAAAAAGAAAGAUGUAUCCUGAAGAUAAACCUUUAUCAUCUGAGUCUUUAUCAGAAUCAGAUUAUAUUGAGGAGGUACGAGCAAAAAAGAAGAAAAGCAGUGAAGAACGAGAAAAAGUAAUAGAAAAAACAAAAAAGAAAAAGAAGCAUAAGAAACACAGUAAGAAGAAGAAAAAGAAGGCUGCUAGUUCAAGUCCUGACUCGCCGUAACAUUAAGAAAAAUCAGGAUUCCCUUAUAAAGAAAGUGCAAUGUCUAAGGAAAUUUCAACUGUGAAAAUUAUGACAUAAUUACUAAAGUGCAUGAAUUUUCUUGCUUUUAGAAUUAUUCCUGGACUGUUCAGUAGCCACUCGGAUGCUGCUGUGUGAAAGGGCCAUAAUUUUUGCCUGCUGCUUGAACAUCUGUUUUUUUCUCUUCCAGUGCUUAAUAACUCUGGGAGAUAAUACAUUGCAGUUG